UUUUUUGUUGGUUAGCAUUCAGCAAAAACAUUUUCCUGCCGGGAACUGUAUUUUGAAUCUUUGAUAGGGGAUUUAAAGGACAACAUGAGUUAUUCGAUAUGACACCAAAUUCUCUUAAUCUGUUUAUAUCCAUCUUAAUCUCAAAUCCCUGCAUAUCUGCUCCAGUUCAACUUAACCAUUUUAAUCACUCGAUAUCUAACUUAACCUUGAUAUCUUCCCAUAUUCUUGAUAUCCCCAUUAGGGUAGAUGUCCAGCUCGUGUCCCGCAUGUCCGCAAAAGGCAUUCUGCAAAAAUGCUUUUUUUCUGCCUUUCCCUCUCCUUCUUAA